AGCACUUCCGGUUUCCUUUCGGCUCCCGCCCCGCUCCGCCAUCAUGAAGCCCUGAACAAAAACGGAUGGAGAGUCGAGCAAAAUGGGGAUAACACGAACUGGAGAUUAAAUCUGCCGACAACACUAACGUAAUGACAGCACAAAGUGGAGCACGGAGUGGACCCGUGGAAAUUAAUAAAUCCAUUCCCCAUUGAAAACGUCCCAGGCAGUUCUUGGCGUUACGUUAUUUAGUUAGCGGUGUUGCUAACAGCAACUAGAGCUAGCCUCUGAUUUUGUUAGCUACCCGGCUAGUUAUCUGUUAGCAGCCGUCAGUCAGAUAGCUGUCACUCUAAUUGACUGGCACUUUACUCAUGUCAAGCUGCGCAGACGGGCUAGCUGUCCAAUUGACUGGGAGCACCAGGAUGGAGAGGAGUUUAAGUAAAAGCGUCGACAGGCAGAAUGUGGUUUGUUCGUGUUGAAUAGACACCAGUGCCGAGGAAAGGGGAGUGAGACCAAUAUUUUCCAGCCAGGCCGGUUAGCUAGCUCCAGGGCUAGCUACAGUGGAUCCCAGAAGCCACGAAGCUAAACACGGAAUAUUCCGUGUCUGGGUAAAUUAUGGCGCUGGCCAUGCCGGCGAUUGUGCGGGCCGGGAGCCUGAAGGACCCCGAUGUGGCGGAGCUGUUCUUCAGGGAUGACCCGGAGAAGCUCUUCACCGACCUCCGGGAGAUCGGCCAUGGGAGCUUCGGAGCGGUCUACUUCGCCCAUGACAUCCGCACAAAUGAGGUAGUGGCCAUCAAGAAGAUGUCAUAUGGGGGCAAACAGUCCAAUGAGAAAUGGCAGGAUAUCAUCAAGGAAGUGAAGUUCCUCCAGAAGCUGCGCCACCCCAACACUGUAGAGUACCAUGGCUGCUACCUGAGGGAGCACACAGCAUGGCUGGUGAUGGAAUACUGCUUGGGCUCAGCUUCUGACCUCUUAGAAGUCCAUAAGAAACCUCUCCAGGAAGUGGAAAUAGCUGCCAUCGUCCAUGGUGCAUUGCAGGGCUUGGUGUAUCUUCACUCUCACAACAUGAUUCACAGGGAUGUGAAGGCAGGAAACAUCUUGCUCACAGAGCCGGGUCAGGUCAAACUGGGAGACUUUGGCUCCGCCUCCAUCAUGGCCCCGGCCAACUCCUUUGUGGGAACACCUUACUGGAUGGCCCCUGAAGUGAUCCUGGCCAUGGACGAGGGCCAGUACGAUGGGAAGGUGGAUGUGUGGUCACUUGGCAUUACCGCCAUAGAGCUGGCGGAAAGGAAGCCUCCUCUGUUCAACAUGAAUGCAAUGAGUGCCUUAUACCACAUCGCCCAGAAUGAGAGCCCCGUGUUGCUGUCUAAUCACUGGUCGGAUUAUUUCCGCAAUUUUGUGGACUCCUGUUUGCAGAAGAUCGCCCAGGACAGACCUACCUCUGAUGUGCUGCUCAAGCACCAUUUCCUAUGCAGAGAGCGUCCCGUCACCGCGGUGAUGGACCUGAUCGCCCGCACCAAGGAUGCUGUUCGUGAGCUGGACAACCUCCAGUACCGCAAGAUGAAGAAAAUCCUCUUCCAUGAGGCGCUCAACGGACCCGCACCAGAAGGAGGCGACGAGGAAGAGGAUGCGGAGCAGUACAUGCUGCGCACCGGCACCGUGAACAGCAUGGAGAGCUCCCACUCUCUGCCCUCCAUGUCCAUCAGCGCCAGCUCCCAGAGCAGCUCCGUCAACAGCCUGGCCGACGGCUCUGACGACAGCGGGGAGAUGGCCAUGAUGCAGGAGGGCGAGCACACCGUCACCUCCAACAGCUCCGUCCUGCACAAACCGCUGAGCCAUGACAACAUCUACGAUGAUCCCUACCAGCCGGAGAUCGACCCGCUACGAGACGCUCCGUCUGCCGGUGGCGGCGGAGAGAGAGAAAGGGAGAGAGGAGGGAGGCGGAGGAGAAACAGAGAUCAUUUUGCCACCAUCAGGACGGCCUCGCUCGUCACUCGGCAGAUCCAGGAGCAUGAGCAGGGCUCGGCCCUGAGGGAGCAGAUGUCUGGGUACAAGCGCAUGCGGCGGCAGCACCAGAAGCAGCUGAUGGGCCUGGAGAACAAGCUGAAGGCAGAGAUGGACGAGCACCAGCUGAGACUGGACAAAGAGCUGGAGAACCAGAGGAACAGCUUCUCCAUGGAGGGAGAGAAACUGUCCAAGAAGCACCAGGCCAUCCUGGAGAAGGAGACAAAGGCAGUCCUGACUGAGGAGAAGAAGUUCCAGCAGCACAUCCUGGGUCAGCAGAAGAAGGAGCUGACGGGGCUGCUGGAGUCCCAGAAGAGGCAGUACAGAGCACGCAAGGAGCAGCUCAAAGAGGAGCUGAAUGAGAACCAGUCGACCCCGAAGCGGGAGAAGCAGGAGUGGCUGGUGCAUCAGAAGGAGUGUCUGCAGCAGCUGCAGGCGGAGGAGGAGGCGGGGCUGCUGCGACGGCAGAGGCAGUACUACGAGCUGCAGUGUCGCCAGUACAAGAGGAAGAUGCUGCUGGCACGCCACAACCUGGAGCAGGACCUGCUCCGAGAGGUAUCGUGUCAGAUUGACAUGGAGCUGAACAAGAAGCAGACCCUGAAGGACCUGGACUGUGCGAUGCUCCUCCGGCACCACGAGACCACCCAGGAGCUGGAGUUCCGGCAGCUGGGUUUGGUGCAGCGGACGCGGGCCGACCUGAUCCGCACGCAGCACCAGACGGAGCUCACCAACCAGAUGGAGUACAACAAGAGGCGCGAGCAGGAGCUGCGGCAGAAACACGCCGUGGAGGUCCGCCAGCAGCCCAAGAGCCUCAAAUCCAAAGAGCUGCAGAUCAAGCGUCAGUUCCAGGACACCUGUAAGAUCCAGACCCGGCAGUACAAGGCGCUGAGGAACCACCUGCUGGAGAACACGCCCAAGUCGGACCACAAGGCCGUGCUGAAGCGGCUGAAGGACGAGCAGACGCGUAAGCUGGCCAUCCUGGCCGAGCAGUACGACCACUCCAUCAACGACAUGCUGUCCACUCAGGCUCUGCGAUUGGACGAGACCCAGGAAGCGGAGUACAAAGUGUUGCGCAUGCAGCUGCAGCAGGAGCUGGAGCUGCUGAAUGCCUACCAGAGCAAGAUCAAGAUCCACACGGACACGCAGCACGACCGGGAGGUGAAGGACCUGGAGCAGAGGGUGUCCAUCCGCAGAGCGCUGCUGGAGCAGAGGAUCGAGGAGGAGAUGCUGUCCCUGCAGAACGAGCGCUCGGAGCGGAUCCGCACGCUGCUGGAGCGCCAGGCCAGCGAGAUCGAGUCCUUCGACUCUGAGAGCCUGCGGCUGGGCUUCAGCAACAUGGCGCUGUCAGGCAUCCCCAGUGAGGCGUACCCCAUGCAGGGGGGCUACCCCAACGUCCCGCCCCCCAGCUCCCGCUCCGUCGGCCACUGGAGCCACGGCAUACACCCGCACAACCUCCCCCCGCAGCACCUCCCCCCGCAGCACCAUCCCCCCCAGCCGCACCCCCGCCGCAGCCACGCCAGCAGCAGCAGCAGCAGCGGCAUCGGGAGCGGCAGCGGGGCGGGGGACCGCCGCAGCGAGGCCUCCUCCUCCUCCUCCUCCUCCCAUGCCCUGGGACUGGCCCUGCAGGGGCUGGGGCGGGACGGGAGGGAGGUGCACCACUCGUCCCGCUCCUCCGCCUCUUCUUCCUCCUCCUCCUCCUCCUCUUCCUCCCACCACCAGCGGCACCACCUGCCCCAGCACUACCACCACCAGAGCACGCCGCAGCUGUACCGCGAGAGGGAGCGGGAUCGAGACCGGGAGAGGGAGCGGGAGAAGGAGCGGGAGCGGGAGUGGGCCGGAGUGCGGGGCUCCGGCGGCGACCUGGCCCAUCCUCACCCCCUGCCCUUCUCCCAUCACCUGCCCUCUCGCUCCUCCUCUCAGUCCCUCGCCAUGCUACCUCCCCCGCCGCCCGCCCCUCCCUCCAUCUCCGGCCCGUCCUCCUCUUCCUCUUCCUCCUCCUCCUCACAGGGGGGGAUUUACUCCGGAGGGCUGGGUGUGCGGGGGGCCCCCAGCCUCCUGGCCCUGAGGAACAGCCCCCAGCCUCUGAGGAGGACGGCGUCCGGCGGGGGGCCAGGUGGGGCCGGGGGCAGCGACGGCGUCCUGAGCCGAAGCACCUCGGUCACCUCACACAUCUCUAACGGAUCCCACCUCUCAUACUCUUAGUCGAGAGGGGGGUAUCUUGCAGGGGGGGAGUGAUCUAGGAAGGUAGCUAUCUCAGGGUGCAUCUCAAUACUCUCAGCUUGCCUUUUCAUGCCCUCCAUCUCACUGAUCUCUCCUCAGAAUAUCUCAAACGCAGAGGAUUUAGGGAUAUCACCCUUUCCUCUUAACGCACAGUGAAGCAGAGAUCAGUAGGGGGGGGGGGAGAGGACAAGCUGACUUUGCUGAGCUGCUCCUUUAGACUCAGGGCGGGUAGAGAGGCUUUCUCCCAUUCCCACUGGUGUAUAAAGGGAGGGAGGAAUGUAACCACCUGUAAUACCACUGGAUAAAGGUGGUAUUAUAUUUAAAAAAGAGGUUUGUGUUCAGUGUUUUUAUCUUUGUUACUGCCUGUAUAAAAGUGAGACAGGAAGUGUGAAAUAGGGAUGUUUUACCGUUUCUUCUCCCAGAGCUGCAGAGAAAGUAGACGGCAGCCAUGUCUUCUUCUAUGAUGUUCUUUGAUUGAAUGGAGAAAGAGAGAGGACAGGGGGAGGGAGAGGUGUUUUUCUGCAUUGUGUAUGUACUUGUAUGUAAUCUGUAGUGUUCAGAUAUAUCUAGCAAGCACUCGUAAACUGCGGCUCCAGAAAGGAAAAAGGAGGAGAAUCACAAAAGAGGAAGUCUCCAGUCUGCGGGGGGAUUUAAAAACACUUUUUAUUGAUUUACAACGGUUGAUGUUUUGUUGAUUUUUUUGUAUUAAGUGUAUAAAAAAACCACAAAAACAAGUUGCUUGGAACGUCACCAAUGCCUUUAAGGGGUUCUUAAAGGGAUGUCGUGCCAUCAAAGUUUUUAUUUGAUGACUGCGAGAUAAUUUAAACACCGAAUGUUUGUAAAGGCAAAAAGACUCUGUUCUAAAAAUGCAGCUGGGAUGAAGAGAAACAUUUGUGAGGACAUGUAAAAAUACAAAAGAAAAAACAACAACUUUCCAUGACAUAUUGAGUAUCUGAACAACAUAGGUGUCAAUGGGAGUCACUCCAAUGCAUGAGAUAGAUGUACAAAAAAAAACAUUCGUAAACAUGACCACAUUUGAAACGUGCCGUACCUGUCCGAAGAUCGCUCGUCCCACCUUUUUGAUCUUUACUGUACAUAUUUAUGGGGAUAUAAAAAAAAAAAACACAAGUCAUUGGUUUUAUAGAGUAACAAAGAUAAUGAUAGUAAUUUUGAUAUAUUCAAGUGAGUAUUGAAUUCAAGAUUUAGAGCGACAACUCCAACUGCAUUUUCUAUAGGUGUCAAUAUUACCAUAACUAAUCCUGAUGUAUCGUUGUUGUAACCAUGUUCACAAUUUUCUCUCGCGAAGAAGAAAAAAAAGGGCCCACUUUUGACUGUAAUUAAUAAUGAUAAAAACUGUUGUCAGGUAUGGUGUGUGUUCAAGAUAUUAAGGAUUAUUAAUAAUGGGUUAUUAAUAAUCCUUAAUGAUUCAUGUAUGUGUCUGGUUAUAUUGCCACUUUAUUUUUUAUUUUUAGACAAAAUAAUUGCAUUUUUAAAAGACACUCGUAAAGCAGCAACACCCCACUUACUAACCUCCUCCUCUGGACUCAUGGAGAAGAGAUUUUACAAUUAGGCACUGGAAUGUAAAUGCUGUUUUUUCCUUUUUCUAUUUAUUUGUUUUUAGCGUAGGGAAAACGUUCCACGCGUAAACUCUCGAGGACAGAAAGAGAGGAAGAGUUGGCACAAUCCUUGCCGAUAAUCUCACUGGGUGCAGCAUGACUGAUGUGUGAAAAACAGGAGAAGAAGAAAAGGAGGAAGUGGGAGGACGUGCGUCGACUGAGCUGCUGUGAACCUGCACCCUCUUGUGCCGGCACAGCAGCAGUGACCGCAGCAGCACGUCCUCCCAAAAAAAGAAGAUGACACAAAUCAGUGUUUCAUGGUGAUUCACACUGAAGGUUUCUUUACUUGAAGUAGAAAAAACUGGACUUUUUUUGUUCUUUUUUAUGUUAUUUGAGAUGAAAAAAAGAUAAUCACCCUGCUGUUUGUAUGACACAGAAACACCAGCUCAAGACAAUUCCCUGUAUAACCUACUACUUUAUGCUCGGUUGGAAUCUCAGUGCAUGCAUGAACUCCUUAUAUAAACUAAGACUGGCGGGUUUCAGGCCUUGUGUUGCGGGAAGUCGCUGUGGUAGUGUUUUUAGACGGGUUGUUGUCAGUGUCAGAGGUCAAGGCCGAGGGCAGGGAGUCUCAGUCCCUGAAUCGCGCCCGGAGGAAAGUUGAAGACGAAGAAGCAGCACAGGAUCGUCUGUGUUUUGCAGAGUUUUCGAGAUGGGGAAGGGAGGGGGGGAGUUGGGGGUUGAAACCCUUAUCAAAUACUCCAAAUCAAGCUUUUCCAAGCCUGACAAGGACAAAGGAAGAAGGGUCUUGACACAUGUAUUGGAAAAGAAAUGGGGUGCUUUAAAAAGUAAUUUAAAAAAAGAUAAUAAAUUGAUAUUAACACAUUAA